AUGGUGUCCGCGCCACAGCUCGGCCUCGUCCUGUUGUUCUCGGCGGCGAUCGCGGCCAUGAGUACCCAACCGACCGGGCUGUCGCACGUCUGCGACCUCCUCGGGGUGCACACGGCCCGGCAAUUGGACUGCAGGGGACGCGGUAUCGCCGAUCUCGAGCUGAUCAACCGGACCCCCAACGUAACCACCAUAGACCUGACGAGCAACAACCUCACGGACAUUCCAGCCCGUGCUUUUCGAAGCUACCCCGGCACGCAGAUUCUGCUACUGCGACGCAAUCGUCUGAGCCACGUGCACGAGAACGCCUUCGACGAUCUUACCAAGCUCGCUGUUCUGGAACUCGACGAUAACCACUUGACGGAGUUUCCAAAGGCCCUGUCGAGCUUGCGGGACCUCGAGGAGCUGUCCAUGUCGAACAAUAGGAUCGAAAUUGUGCGCAACGAUAGCCUGAGAGACGCGAGGAACUUGUUGUCCCUGGAUUUGCGCGGGAAUCCGAUAAAAGAGGUCCACGAGCUCGCCAUCCAGCACCUGACGCAGCUGCGUAAAUUAAUCCUGUCGAACGUAAAAGAGCUGAGCAAGUUUCCUGCGCUGAACGGCUGCCGGUCCCUCGAGAUACUCCGGAUCGAUCGGGCGCGCAUCGACAGCGUCCCCGACGAGCUCUGCAAGCACUCGCCCAAACUCAAAAGUCUGGAUCUCAAGUCGAACAAACUCACUGCCGUGCCGAAUCUCAAAGACUGCCGGGAUCUUCGGGUUUUAGAUUUAGCCCUAAACAUGAUCAGCUCGCUGUCCGACCGGCCCUUCUCCAACUCGACGGCCCUCCACGACCUCCUCAUGUCGAAGAAUGAGAUAAAAAUUAUUCCGGAAGACGCGUUCUUCGGCCUGUCUCGGCUGUUGAUCCUAGACCUGGAGGAUAAUCUCAUAGAGUUCAUACACCCCGAGGCAUUCGUCCACAUAAAACAGCUCGAGGACUUGAACCUCGGCAACAACGUGUUCCCCGAGUUGCCGGUUAAAGCACUCUCGGGUCUGUUGCACCUCAAGACGUUCAACAACCCGCUUUUGCGGGAGUUCCCCGGCCCGGAGUACUUUCCCCGUGUACGCACCCUCGCGUUGUCCUACGCCUACCACUGCUGUCCGUUUAUCGAGCACGAGCUCGGCAAGAGCUACGACGAGGUCAACGAUGACUACGCCGAGCGCCACAAGCUCCAGGAGUCCGUGCUCUUUCCCACCGACAACGAGUUCGACAUGAGCCUGUGGAACUCUAACCUCACCGACAUUUGGCCGCAGUUGCAAAACUUGAGCGACAAAUUCGGGGACAAGAUAAACGAGCUGUGGGACAAGUUUGGCACGGAUUUCACGUACCCCGGCAACAUGGGCGCCUACAUCGACGAGUACUUCGAGGACCAAAACGGCCUGGCGACGACUACCGUCCCGCUCAAAGUUCCCCGCUCGCCCGUCAAGUGUCUACCGCAGCCUGGUCCCUUUCUACCUUGCGAGGAUCUGUUCGACUGGUGGACGCUGCGCUGCGGGGUCUGGAUAGUCUUUCUCUUGGCCCUCCUGGGCAACGCCACCGUCAUCUUUGUCCUCGUGUUCUCGAGGAGCAAACUCGACGUGCCGAGGUUUCUGGUCUGCAACCUCGCGGCUGCCGACUUUUUCAUGGGCAUUUAUCUAGGUCUGCUCGCUGUGGUUGACGCCUCGACGCAGGGGGCGUUUCGCAAGUACGCGAUACGUUGGCAGAUGUCCUUGGGUUGCCAGGUAGCCGGUUUCCUCGGGGUCCUCAGCUCCGAGCUGAGCGUCUACACCCUGGCCGUGAUAACCCUGGAGCGCAACUACGCGAUAACCCACGCGAUGCACCUGAACAAGCGGCUGUCCCUUCGCCACGCCGGCUGUAUAAUGACCCUCGGCUGGCUCUUUGGCCUCUGCAUGGCCGGGCUGCCCCUCCUCGGGAUCUCGGAUUAUCGCAAAUUCGCCAUAUGCCUGCCCUUUGAAACUACGGGCGCUCCAUCCCUCGUUUACGUCGUGUUUCUCAUGCUCGUCAACGGCAUGGCUUUCCUCAUACUCAUGGGCUGUUAUUUAAAGAUGUAUUGCGCCAUAAGGGGCUCCCAAGCCUGGAACUCCAACGACUCGCGGAUAGCCAAGCGCAUGGCGCUGCUCGUGUUUACGGAUUUUCUCUGCUGGUCCCCCAUCGCCUUUUUCUCCCUCACCGCGGCCUUUGGCCUCGAGCUCGUCACCCUCGAGCAAGCCAAGAUCUUUGCCGUCUUCGUCCUGCCCCUCAACUCGUGCUGCAAUCCCUUUCUCUACGCCAUACUCACCAAACAAUUCAAAAAGGACUGCGUCCUCAUAUGCAAGGCCAUCGAGGAGUCGAGGGUCACGAGGGGCAUCGGCAGGUGCAGGCACAGCUCGAACUUUAGCCAACGGCUGACCCCGGCCAACACCAACAGCCUCCUCGACAGAUCGGGCUCGCGCGAGCUCCACCACCACCACCACCACCAUCAUCACCUGCACCAGCAGGUGAACAUCUACCACCAGGCGAGUUGUCCGUGCCACAACAACAACAACAACAACGUCAACAUCAGCGGUGCCAGUAGGGUGGUCCUGGCUCGCAACCAGUCGACGGCCACGACUACGACGACGACGAUGGCGACGACGAGCGGUGCAGUGCGCUGGUGGCAGACCAAGAUUGCCUGGCCGUGCUCCAAGAGCCAGAGGCAGCACCGGGGCGCCGGUGGCGAGGUUUACGGCUACCCGACAGCCGAGAUGGCCCAACAGCAGAAGCAGACCAAGCGCGCCUCGUCCAUGUCGUCGAGCGAGAACUACUCGUCCUCGAGGUCCGACUCUUGGCGGCAGAACCACCACCCGUGCGGCGUGCCCCUGAGGCUCCUCGACCCAAAGAGGCGGGCCACGUCGUGGCUGAUGGCGCGCAAACCGUCCCAGGACUCGAACCACAGCUCGUCGCGCAACGACUCCUCGGGCUCGGGCACCACGGCGAGCACGAGGUCCUGGGGUGUGUCGCGCUCGAGCGCCAGUCUCGAGGUCAGCAGUCUCAGGUCGACCCGGAGCAAGCCGAGGCUCACGAGGCAGCUGGCCAUACAGGAGCCGGACGAGCCGGGGUCGCCCGGCCGGCUGGCCGUCAGGCUGCUCGCCACAAUACCCUCGGCCGCAGAGAUGAGCGAGCAGUGCGACGAGGAGAGCGUUGCCCUCAACGACGAGACCAGGAACGAGGAGGACGAGCUGCAACCGGGUGAGCUCAAGGCCGAGGAUUACAAGGAUUUGUAG